AUGUCUGACCCGCGUUUCUCUCGACUGAAAAGUGACCCGCGUUUCCGUAGACUGAAGAGGAAAGAUGCAAAGGUUGUCGUCGAUGACCGUUUCAAGUCCAUCUUCGACCAGAGCAAGAAAAAGGACAAGAAGCGCGGUGCAGGUCGCUCGGUCGACAAAUACGGACGACCAGUCUCUGACAAUCAAGAGCACGACAACCUACGGCAGUUCUAUCGCCUAGAGAAUGAGGAAGAGCCUGCUGGACCGGACUAUGCACGCGGAGAGGUCCUGCUGCAGUCCUCGGACGAAGAAGACAAUGCCCAGGACCAAGAAGAGGGUGAGAGUGAAGACGAUGGCAUUGUUAUCUUGGGUACGGAUAAGCGGAAGCCCCAAGAGGAUGAGGAUGCGGAAAUCAAUCUGGACGAAAACGAUUUCGCCGACCUUGAGGCACAGGCCGCAGAAUAUUCCAAGGCGCAUCCAGACGAGUCACAGGAUACGGAUGUUAUGCCAACCCGCCGCAUAGCGGUUGUUAAUCUCGAUUGGGAUCAUGUACGUGCUAUCCACCUCUACAAGGUCUUUUCGUCCCUCGUAUCCCCCACACCGUCUGUCGCGGACAACGGGAAAUCUGCGAAGAACGUCGUACGGGGGAAGAUCCUGAGUGUUCGCGUGUACCCGAGCCAAUUUGGCAAGGAAAGAAUGGCGAAAGAGGAGAAAGAAGGCCCACCUGCUGAGCUCUUCAAGAAGAAGGCCGCCAAUUCUGAUGAUGAACUCACCGCAAACGACAUCAUAGAAAUUGGGGACGCACAAGAUUACGACGAAGACGCCCUCAGGAAAUACCAGCUCGAACGGCUGAGAUACUAUUAUGCUAUCGUGGAAUGUGACAGUGUCCAGACAGCGACACAUGUAUAUAAUGAACUACAAGGAACUGAGCUUGAGUACUCUGCGAACGUCUUCGAUCUCAGCUAUGUUCCCGACGACAUGAGUUUCGAAGAAGAGUGCCGCGAUGAAGCUAACGACGACGCGAAUGUGGCAUACAAGGCCCUGGAUUUCGUGACCGACGCCCUGAGACACUCCCGCGUCAAACUUACUUGGGAUGAGGAUGACCCCGAACGUGUCCGCGUGACAAGGCGCGCGCUAUCCAAGAAAGAGAUUGAGGAAGCUGAUUUCAAGGCAUAUAUUGCUUCAUCCUCGGAAUCCGAGGAGGACCCAAGUCAUCGGGAAGAAGCUGCGAAGAAGGGGGCAAGUCGGGAUAAAUUGCGCGCCCUCUUGCUAGGAGGCACCGAUGAACUCCCGGAGGGGUGGGGCACCCAGGACAACAACAAAGCCGAUGUGGACAUGGAGAUCACCUUUACCCCCGGCCUGAGUGAAUCGAAAGACCAGCAAGGGGAUGAGACGACCCUAGAGAAGUAUCAACGGAAGAUGAAGGAGAAGCGCAAGAAGAGGAAGGAGGAACUAAAGACGAAGGCAGCUGUAAAGGAGGAGCCGACUAGAGCCGACGACUUCUUCGGGUCAGACAGUGAAGGCGCAAGUGCGGUGGAAGGUGACGUCUCCAGUGAGCGGAAGGGGAAGUCAAAGGGCUCUAUCUCCCGUCAUGUCUCCACUGCUGAAGAGCUAAGUCUUCUCGCGGCCGCGGAUAACCCUGAGGCGGCGCCUCGCCACUUUGAUAUGAAGGCAGUGGUAAAGUCGGAGAAGGCCAGAGGGAAGAAGAGGCGCAGCAAGAAGAACCCCUUGGAUGAAGGCGAAAAUGAGACUCAAGAGGACUUCAAGAUCGAUGUUCAGGACGAACGGUUUGCCGCCUUACAUGAAGACUACAACUUUGCGAUCGAUCCUAGCAACCCCCGCUUCAAGAAAACAAAGAGCAUGUCGGCGCUACUUGAGGAGCGCUCUAAACGCAAGAAGGCGACGCCGCACCAUUCGGAUUCUGCUGCACCUAGGACCGGCGCAAUAAGCAGCGACCGAACUCUGGAGAGUUUAGUUCAGAGCGUCAAGCGGAAGAGCGUGGCUACGGAGGGCCCUUCGAAUGGGAAGCGGAGGAAAGCUUAG